AUGAUUAACUGCACGCGCAGACGGAAUACCCUGAAAGAGAGAACAUCAUGGACUGGAACGAACUCAUAUUCAUCAACACCAUCGUGGGUGAGAUCUGGACGAGCUUCCAAGAACGUACGUCUGAACAACAGCUUGCCCAAGGAGGCAGCUGCGCUGCCUGAUGACGAUCUGAACACGCCGUCACCCUUUCGCUCAUCCGAAUGUCCCAGCGACGAAAAGCGAUGGGCAUUGUGCUUCGAGACUUGGUCUUUGACUGCCAGGGCCGUGACAGAAGCUUUCUAUGGCACCAUUCACCCCCGCAUUAUUGUGGAAAGGCACAGGAGUAGUAACUAA